AUGAAGCUCACCCUCAUCCUCGCCUUGGCUACGGCCGCUCUCGCUGGCGAGAUUCACCUCAAGACUGAGGUCCUUACCGAAGCCAACUGCGUGCGCAAGACCAAGACCGGCGACAAGGUCAACGUCCAUUACCGCGGCACCCUUGAGAGCGACGGCAGCGAAUUCGACGCCUCAUACAACCGCGGCCAGCCCUUGUCCUUCGCCGUUGGUACCGGCCAGGUCAUCAAGGGCUGGGACCAGGGCCUGCUAGACAUGUGUCCCGGCGAAAAGAGGAAGCUCACAAUCCAGCCGGAGUGGGCCUAUGGCUCGCGGGGUGCUGGCCCCAUCCCCGCCAACAGCGUCUUGAUCUUCGAGUCGGAGUUGGUCUCCAUUGACGGCGUUGACAAGGAGGAGUUGUAA